GGGACCCGGCCCCGGGCGAGCCCCCCUCCUCCGCCCGCCCUUGCGCAGCGGGCGGCGGCGACAACGCGGGCGCGCACGGCGGUGGGGGACGCGCUGUGGGCCGGGGGGGAGCGCCCGCCCCCCGCGGCUGUCCUCGGCCCCGCACUAUCACCGCCGGCCGCGGAUACCGCCCCGAAAGAGAAGCAGAACUUGUGCGUCUCCGCCUGCCUCCCCGCCGCCCGCACAUCCUCUCCCGCGGCGCAUCCGCCCGCCCUCCGGGUUCUGCUCCCCCCGGGGGUCGGGGCCGGCCCGUCGGCUCCUGCUGGAGGAUUUCACCGCUCGUUUCCCUUGGAGGGGUUUUGUCGGCAGCGGUGUACCGAGGGGAGGCUCCGUCCCUAAGGCACCCUGCCUCACCCUGCGGGGGAAGGGAGCUGGGUGGGGGCAAGCCAGGAAGGGAGGAUCUCAGUGGCUCUCCUAAAAUCUAUCAGCAGGCUGCGAGGAGGGAAGAGUUUGGCACUUCGCAGGCGACGCUGGGCGUAUUUUCCCCAGCGGUGAUGCCGCUGGACUGAGAGUGACGCGGCCGUGCAAGUUGGGGGUACGGAGUCUGCCCCCCCUUCGCCGCUCCCCAGACUCGGUCCAGCGCCUUCAGCCCCGGUGGCUCGUCCCUGUCGCCCCGCUAAAUGAGAGCUGGUCCGUGGACGGGGCAACUCGGCGCCUGGUAGGGCUGCUCUCCGCCACCCCCCCACCGCCCGGACUUCCCACCCCGAGGAGGAGCGGCGCGCACCCCGCACCCCAGAGUUGUCUCGGCAGGCUCCGUGCUAUGGCGAGGCUGCGGAGAAGCAAACUAGCCGCUGGAUUUUUAUUACUUUUCCAGUGCCUGAGCGAGCGCUGCCAGCUCGCCGGCGGGGAGACGCCGAGGCAGAGCCGCGGUGUGUUUUAUGAAGUUGUUCAGAACUUCCCUGUAGUGGAGGAAAAUGUGCGAGUGGAUUCACAUGUAAGCAGCCACAGGUGGAGAAGGCAGUCAGAGUCUCUCAAAUCAGUCGACACCAACAGAGCCAGCAUGGGCCAGGAUUCCUCUGAGCCAGGGGGUUUCACGGAUCUGCUGCUUGAAGAGGGACGUGACAACAGCACCCAGGUUGAGGAGGAUACAGAUCAUAAUUAUUAUACUUCAAGGACGUAUGGCCCGUAUGAUUCUACCAGCCGGGAUUUGUGGGUCAAUAUAGACCAAAUGGAGAAAGACAAAGUAAAGAUUCAUGGGAUCCUUUCCAAUACUCAUCGGCAAGCAGCAAGAGUGAAUUUAUCCUUCGAUUUUCCAUUUUAUGGCCAUUUUCUACGUGAAAUUACUGUGGCAACUGGGGGUUUCAUAUAUACUGGAGAAGUUGUGCAUCGAAUGCUAACAGCUACACAAUAUAUUGCACCCUUAAUGGCAAAUUUUGACCCCAGUGUGUCAAGAAAUUCAACAGUCAGAUACUUUGAUAAUGGCACAGCACUAGUUGUCCAGUGGGACCAUGUACAUCUGCAGGAUAAUUACAACCUGGGCAGUUUCACUUUUCAGGCCACCCUUCUCAAUGAUGGGCGUAUCAUUUUCGGCUACAAAGAAAUUCCUGUCGCUGUGACACAGAUAAGUUCAACCAACCACCCAGUGAAAGUGGGACUCUCAGAUGCAUUUGUGGUCGUGCAUAGGAUCCAGCAAAUUCCCAAUGUCCGUAGAAGAACAAUUUAUGAGUACCACAGGGUGGAGCUACAGAUGUCAAAGAUUACCAAUCUCUCAGCUGUUGAAAUGAUACCUCUUCCAACUUGUCUCCAGUUUUCCAGCUGUGGUCCCUGUGUCACUGCCCAGAUUGGUUUCAACUGCAGCUGGUGCAGUAAACUCCAAAGAUGCUCCAGUGGAUUUGACCGUCACCGGCAAGAUUGGGUAGACAGUGGCUGCCCUGAAGAGUCAAAAGAUAAGAUUUGUGAGAAGAAUAUAGAUACUGAAACACCUCCGUACUCCACCACCACCCUUCUGCCAACCACCACAAAAUUCAGAGUUUUAACAACCACCAGAGGAUCCACAACUUCCCACCUGCCAACUAGCCUGCCCACAGAAGAUGACACCAAGAUAGCACUGCACCUAAAAGACAAUGGAGCUUCCACAGACGACAGUGCGGUGGAGAAGAAAGGUGGAACACUUCAUGCCGGCUUAAUUGUGGGCAUUCUAGUCCUGGUCCUCAUUGUGGCUGCAGCCAUCCUCGUGACCAUCUAUAUGUAUCAUCAUCCAACGUCAGCAGCUAGUCUCUUCUUUAUAGAGCGACGUCCAAGCAGAUGGCCGGCAAUGAAAUUCAGAAGAGGAUCUGGACAUCCUGCCUAUGCUGAAGUGGAACCAGUUGGAGAAAAAGAAGGGUUCAUCGUAUCAGAGCAGUGCUAAAAUUUCUAGGACAGAACACCAGUACUGGCCUACAGGUGUAAGACAUUUACUUUGCCUCUCUUUAAAGAAAAGAAGCCCUAAGCUGCUGUAGCCUGAUAGAAAGAAGAUUUUGGAUAAGCUUUGUCCAAGAAGAAAAACUAUCUAAGAUACCAGAUUACCACUGCACAGUAGUUUUCGUUAGUGGACUGAGACACAAUGGUUCAUGCAGAACACUUGUCAGUGGACACCUACGGUAUCAGAACUAUGGCACAAGUGCCAUGUUAUUGGCUUUAGGUACGGGGAUGCACAGUAAUCAAAAAUAUAAUAAAGCUUUGGUGCACAAGGGUAUUGCCCUUUGGUUCAAGUGUUCUUCUCUGGUAUCUCAAAGACUGAGUGACAAAUCUGUACCCUUUUAGUGCAAAGAGCACUGAUCAGUGUUCACAAGUGAUUGAGAAAAGUACCUCAGUGCAGGUAAAGAAGAAAAAGGAAUUUUCCAAUACUUCUGUAAGUGGAUGUGAAAUGCACUCACUUUUCAAUUCUAAAUUUACCUACCCACCUAACUGAGCAAGUCACAAUGUAUAUGCUUUCCAGGAGUAGUACAAUGUUCCUUGUACAUUGCUGAUUACUAUCCUUCUAAACAACUCAUUAUAUACAAAUUGGUAAGAAAUGCAGACAACAGAGAAUUUUCACAAUGGUGAAAUUACUUUAUUUCAUGGGAGUUCACAAUGAAAUUGGGCUGAUUUUCAGUUUCAAUGUUUACUAAAAAAUAUCAGGCUUGUUUCAAGGGAUAUUUUUCAUUUCUGAGCAGUAGGCUGAAGUAAAAGCAACAGAUCCUUUUAGCUGCCAGAGAUCUUAUGGACCAUUUCUUCGGCAAUCUGAUACAAAAAAUAAGAUUUUAAACAAAUGGAUUUCUAUCCUUUGCCAUUUCAUUGUGAGUCCUUACUGAGAAGCACCACAGACUUCAAUGCACCCCUUCCAGAGAUGCAGAUACAAGUGUUAUUGAACCCUGCUGAUUCAUACAGUGAUUUUGUUUAAUGCACAUAGUAGUUGCAUAAAUAUAUAUAUAAAUAUAUUUUUUUUUAUAGCUAACACAAGGCGGGCUCUUGUGACUGUUAAGACUGCAUUUUUGUCAUCCAGACAAAGGAAAUGGAUUGCAUUACUGCAUAUUUCCACUGAGUUGUAAAAUAAUCCUUCAUAUUAGAAUAUUUUUAUGUUGUGUAGGGAAGGUGGUUCAUGUAAUUGCAGUGCCAUAACCUUUCUGCCUACUGGAACCACUCUUUCUUUAAUAUCGACCCUUUCCCUCCCUGUAUAGGGAAAGACAAGACUAUAAAUCCACACCAUCAAAAACAGUUACUCCUUUCAUGGAAGGGGUUAAUAUACACUGAGACCCGGAUCUUCCAUGAGGAGUGGGAACCUGAAUACUUUGAUGAUCUGGGCCUGAGCUAUUAAAAUAUUAAAUUCAGGUAUUGUAUGUACAUUUCAUCAUAGUCAUUGACUAUCAAAUUUUUUACAUACUGUACAAGGCACUUGAAUCAUUUUAAAUUGAGGUAGACAACAUUUGCAGUUUCAGAUCUCAAGCAGUUAAAAAAAGUUGUAGAUACCACCUUCACAGUACAGUUAUUUACAUUUCUUGUUGAUGCUUGUAUGGUCUAAAUUGGAUUACUUAACGCUGUUUUAAAAAAACAAACAAACAUGAUUUUUACUUGUUAUUUUGUUCAGUAAAUAAUACAAUACUGUA